AUGUCGGCUUUAUUCCCCGCGUCAGAUUCUCUGCCCAUCAUUCAAUACGUCAUCGAAUCGGAUCCAGACAUUUUGACCACGAACGAAGUGAUCAACGGCAGAUCCAGUCCUGAAAUUUGGCCAGAAGUCAUCCCAGGGUCGAAUCAAUUCGCAGAAAACGUCGCAACAACCAACCAAGCAGGCAACGAGCUCGACCGUGAGCUAGAAACGAACAAAGUGAAGAAACUCGCAGAGCUUCAACAACUUUCCGACCAAGAAAUCCUCCACAAGAUGAAGAAAUUGAAGCAACGAGCGUACAGCAUUGGUUUAACCGAAGCAAAAGAAGUCGAAAGAAGCAAAAUGCUGAACAUCUUUGGCGAUUUCAAGCACCAAAUCAAUUAA